GUGAACAAAAUCCGAAGACUCGCCGUGACCUUUUUCUCGAUUAAUUAGGGUUUUUUUCAUCUCUCUGACCUCUGUCCUGUUGAAUCCUCUUCACAGCUCUUUUUUUUUUGCGUUCUUCACCAUGAGUAGGUCAGGACAGCCUCCGGAUCUCAAAAAAUAUAUGGACAAAAAGCUUCAGAUAAAACUCAACGCUAAUCGCUUGGUAAUUGGAACUCUUCGAGGCUUUGACCAGUUUAUGAAUCUAGUGGUUGACAACACCGUGGAAGUGAAUGGCAACGAGAAAACUGAUAUUGGCAUGGUGGUGAUUAGAGGAAAUAGUGUGGUCACUGUUGAAGCACUUGAACCUGUAAACAGGAUGCAGUGAUUGCGAACGUGUUGGAAGUUGGUUUGAUUCUUGCUGCUGAUCUGUUUAAUAGAUGGAUUGAGUUAAACAUUCGGAUUUGUAGUAUGUAUAAUUUUGGGAUGUUAUGGAUUUUAGAACGAAUUCUUGUACUCCAUCAUUCUGGACAGUCAGGAUUCUAAUGUCAGCAAUGGGGUUUCUGUAUUAUUCUGGGAAAGAUAGAUUCAUUGCAUUAGGUAAGAUUUUUCUCACGAAACCAAAUAUUCUCUCUUCUGCCACA